AUGAGGGUAAUUAAGCCUUUAUAUGGAAUUCCAGAAGCUGGAACACACUGGUGGGCAACAUACUCACGGCACCACCUCGACAAGUUGGGUAUGGUGAUGUCAACAUUUGACCCGUGUCUACUUAUUUCAAAUACAGACAAGUUUGGAGUAAUUGGGAUGCAGACAGAUGACACUUUGGGCCUUAGUGAUCGAGGAUUCUAUGAUCUGGAGGAUGAGGAGUUGAAGAAAGCGAACUUCGCUGCUAAACCAAGGGAGAUCUUGGGUAUUGAGAAUCCACUUACCUUCAAUGGAUGCCGAUUACAUGUUGAUGUUGACGGCGUGAUUACAAUGGUCCAGAAGGGGCAAGCUCAGAAGCUUGGCAUACCAUCUGACAAUCAAGGGUAUGUUGAACAACGAGCAAGAGGUGCUUAUCUUGCAAGUAUUUGCCAGCCGGAAGCAUCGUUCGAUCUGUCAGUUGCUGCUCAACAUAAAGAACCUGGAAAGGAUGACUUUAGACGACUGGCAUCUCGUCUGAAAUGGCAGAUGGAAAACAAGGAGCGUGGACUUCGAUUUGUCCCGUUGGAACUCGAAAAGGCUAAGCUAUAUGUCUUUGUUGAUGGAUCCUUCGCAAAUAACAAAGAUUUGAGCUCCCAGUUGGGAUAUGUUGUUAUGAUUGGCACCGAGAAACAAACCAGCGAAAAUCGAUGUGAGAUUACAGGCAAUAUUGUCACAUACAGCUCAACGAAAUCGAAACGAGUUACAAGAAGCGCAUUAGCAUCCGAACUAUACAGCAUGGUGCAGGGAGCUGAUGUCGGAUAUGCGCUGAAUUCGACACUAGAGAUAAUCACUAAACAACUUGGAAUCCCAAAGAUACCAAUGAUUCUCUGCACAGACUCAUUUUCACUUUAUGAAUGUCUUGUGAAAUUGGGAACUACAAAGGAAAAACGAUUGAUGAUUGAUAUUAUGGCACUACGACAAUCAUACGAACGAAGAGAAGCGAACGAGACUUGGCCGGCGCUGACCAGAAUCCUUGUAGAUAGUGUUGAAACCUUAGCAUCAAACCCAUUGCAGGAUGUUGGCAGGACACCUAGCAAUGCUUGGGACUACUUUCAUCUCAAUAGCGUUGACAAGGAUGACGAGGGGAACUACCUCAUCUCAGCGCGCCACACUUCGACCAUCUAUAAGAUUAACAGCACCGACGGGAACAUCAUUUGGAAGCUUAGCAGCAAUACCGAUACUUCCUCCUUCAAGUUGGACGAUAAGGGCGGCUUCGCAUGGCAGCACGACGCGCGCUUCCACGGCAGAUUGCCAAACGGAGAAGAAAUUGUGUCUCUAUUUGACAACGGCGCAAGUUCAAAUAAAGAGUUUGAACGUUCAUAUUCAAGGGUUCUUAUUCUUGAGUUGAAUCACAACCAGGGCACAGUAACAGUUGUGAAAACACUGAACGCACCAGAUGGAGUGUCAGCGCACUCUCAAGGUAAUGCCCAAGUCUUGCCAAACGGUAACAUCUUUGCAAACUGGGGCGAUGCUGGCGCGAUUACGGAAUUUAGCAGUGAGGGCAAAGUUGUCUUCCAUAGCUACCUCGACUCCACGACUCCGGGCUUGACACUGCAAAACUACAGAGGCUUCAGGGCAAAUUGGACUGGGCGUCCUUCCGAAGUUCCUGCCAUUGUAGUGCUUGAUCAGACCGCCCAAGACCUCCUAGACGUUUACGUAUCAUGGAACGGCGAUACUGAAACGGCAUUCUGGAGAUUUUACGCCAAAGAUCAGAAUCAGGGCACCAGGCUACUCAAAAAGGUACAGCGUCAGGGAUUCGAGACGCAUGCCGUGUUGAAUGUUGCGUCUCUGCGAAGUACAAAGCCGCUAGAGAUUCUAGCCGAAGCUGUGGGCUCAAACGGCCAGGUCCUUGGCCGCACACUUGGAGUAUCUGUGUCUUUGAACGUAACAAGCGGAGAUAUUCAGGCAGACGAACUUUAG